AACCAAUGUGUGUAGAGUAGCAGCUGGACAAACGCUACCACGACACAAGGUUCCCCAUCGACGUUUGUGCUGAAAAACAGUGAAUAUAUCCGAUUUAGGGCCAAUAACGCGAGCGAUCCCUCACAUGGGACCUUUGUUUGUUUAGGGAAGUGGAGUUUUUAGAAGAAUACAUUGACUGUGUCGUUUUCUGGUGACAUACUGGACCGGAAAAGAGACAGCUGGUUUACGGAUUCCCCCAUUAUUUACUCUUGAAGUUGUGAGAGCCGGCUGAGAUGAGUGGUCCAGAAGUGGCCAAGACACCUGGAGGCGGAGCUUCAGGCAAAGACUCAAAGGAGCAAGUGGCCAAUGGGCACGCAGGAGAGGGCAAUGAUGCCAAUCCAUUUGCUGAAUACAUGUGGAUGGAGAAUGAAGAGGAGUACAACAGACAGGUGGAGGAGGAGCUGUUGGAGCAAGAGUUCUUGGAGCGCUGCUUCCAGGAAAUGCUUGAGGAGGAGGACCAGGAUUGGUUCAUCCCUUCACGUGACCUCAACAACCAGGGGGUGGGACAGCUGCAGCAGCAGCUCAAUGGCCUGUCCGUCAACGAUCACCAUGGCAAUCUGGAGGAAGUGGCGAGGAAGAGCAUCUUGAAUCCUGAAGCAAAGGAGUUCAUCCCGGGGAAGAAAUACUAGGGGUCCCCCUCACCCCCAUGGAGCCUCCACACGCACACAAACACAUGCAUACACCUGUCCUUACAUGCUCUCAGAGACUCUGGCGGCCAAGACCGCACACACACUGAUUCUCACACACGUGCACACACACACACACACUUGAAGUCAGUGGCGUGCUGGCAGGCCCAGUUGGGGGGUGGGGGGAUUUCUUUUUCUUUUCUUUUUGUUUCUUUAAUCUUUUUAUUUCCUGUUUGUUUCUUGUAAACUGAGGGACAUUGGGAACAGGGGUGGGGGAUGGGUGUAAUACCAGCACCGCCCUAAUGCGGGCGCUAACUCAUCAUGGCAUUUCAGGUGACAUUGUUGAUGUUUACGGAGUAUGCAGAAUUUAUUGUUGUCCCCUUAGAAUCGUGGCAGCUACAAAGGAGUGAUGCCAGAAAAAAAUGAAACCAGAAUAUGAUAAACUUGGAAGAAGUAUGUCACACAUGUAAAUUUAAUUUCGGUCAAAUUUAAUAAAAGAACAUCAGCAGUAGACUUGAGGGUUUCCAUUACGAAGACGUUAGAGAAUGAUCAACAUUUCAGGGGACUGGAUGGGUUUCUGCCACUGCUCUGUAGAGUCAUCACACAAAGUCAACAUUUUGCUGCUGAUGGUGUCAUAAGCUCCCCAUGACACCACGGCGCCAGUGCAUCUUGAAAUGCAAGUUCUUAUUUGUAUGUGCAAUGGCUCUGUUCCAAACCAAAUACAGACUCUACUCUCCAUACUUCUGUUUGAAGUGAGCUUGAUGGACAUUGAUGGGUGUAAUCAUGGCUAAGAAAUUAUUUCCCCAAUUUAUGUGGAGCUCCAUGUUCAUCUUUUUGUCCAGUUUCUCAGAAAAAGAAGCACGAGUAUCCAGUCAUUUGUCAAGCUAAGUUUAGUAAGAAAGUUCUUAUUACGAGAGGGAAGGUCGGAGCAUUUUGAACCUUCCAAAAAACUCAGUUGUCUCUUUCUUUGUUUUGUUUAACUUUAUCCUCGGUUCAGUUUUGAUUUAUGGGGGUGUAGUGAACGAACUUGUUAAAGGGGAGUAUUGGUCUGGAACAAAGCCGCUGCCUCUUUCUGUCAGGAAAUCUUGGUUUUGUCCUGCAUCAGAUCAAGUGUCCAUAUCCAAAUCAGGUUUUCAGAUAUCCUCUCCUCUUCUAUUUUCUUUAUUAUUAUUUUUUUUUGUAAAGUUUCGAGGAUGAGGCAUUUGUCUCUACUGGGUACAGUAACCUGUGGUGUCCAUUCAGUCCUGUUUGCAGGAGGAUAUGUUAGGGGACAAUAUUGCUCCAGCCAUUCAGAAUAAUGCAGUAUGGAACAAAUGGCUGACAAUAUGGCUUCUUACUGUUCCUCUUUUUGUAGGUUGAUGUUUUUGAGGAUGUUCCUCUUUUUAACAAUAAAUCAUUAUUGUGGUAUGGCUUUCCAAGAAGCAUCUCCCCAUAGUGCAAGUAUAAUCUCAGUUAAAUUGUGAGCCACUAGGAAAAAUGUGUAUAUGUGAAGAUGCCUUUUAGGAAACUCAGAUUCUAAUCAACAAUAAUCAGAUUAUUGAGUGAUCUUUUAUAGUUCCUGACCAACUUUGCUGAAUAAUGCAGAAGCAGUAUUGUCAUAAGGGAAAAUCUUGUGAUCUGAACAUGCUUAUUCAUGCCACUGUUUGUAUGUGGUAUUGACAAUAAUGUCUUGUGUAUUUAACUGUAUCAGCGUUAAGAGGACACUCGUGCACUUCAACUGAGAGGGUCUGAUAGAGGAAAGCACUUCUUUAACAUCCAUGUGCCGUCUCCAGUCCCUUUCAUGAGAAGUGCUCAAGUGUGUUCUUAAAGGCUGCAGUAGAGACAGUCAAAUGUUGGGUUAAAUUGAACUUCCUCACACAGUGUUGGAUCACAGCUGUUGAAUGGCACCCUGGUGAAGCCAAUAGGAAUGUCCGCCAGGUGGAUUGUACAACAUGAAAUCAUUUUUGGUGAUUUGUUUAGAUAAGUUAGACAGAAGCCGUUAAAAAAAAAAGGUCCAGAAGACAGAGUAUGAAUUUCAUUACAAAUAAAAAUAAUGAAAAAAGAUGAAUAAAGAUGUUAAAGACAAA